ACAAGGAAAUUCAAAUCAAGUGGGAACGUGAUCCUCUUGCAUGCUGGCAGCAGACGCUGCCGCUGCUCCGCUGAGAGCUAUGGAGACCAAAGGCUACCACAGUCUCCCUGAAGGUCUAGAUAUGGAAAGACGGUGGAGUCAAGUUUCUCCGGCUGUGGAUCGCUCAUCCCUGGGACCCACAGAGAGGACCGGUGAGAACAACUACAUGGAGAUUGUCAAUGUCAGCUGUGUUCCCGGUGCUAUUCCAAACAACAGUGCUCAAGGAAGCAGCAGCGAGAAGCCUGAACUGCUCCCUUGCCUUCAGCAAGACACUAAUCGGUCUGGGAUUUUAACAUCUGAUAUUAAAACCGAGCUGGAAUCUAAGGAACUCUCAGUAACUGUAGCUGAGUCCAUGGGUUUAUACAUGGAUUCCAUUAGAGAUGCUGAGUACACCUAUGAUCCGCAGAACCAGCAAGGAAGCGUGAGUCCAGCAAAGAUUUAUCAGAAUGUUGAACAGUUGGUGAAAUUUUACAAAGAAAAUGGCCAUUGUCCUUCCACUGUAGGGAUGAGCAGGCCCUUGAGACCGUUUCUGGCUGACUCGGGGAGCUCUGUCAAUGGCGGGGUCAUGCGUACCAUUGUUAAAAGCCCUCUCCUGUGUCAUGAGAAGAGCUCGUCUGCGUGCAGCCCUCUGAACGUGACAUCUUCAGCGUGCAGCCCUGCUGGACUCAGCUCUGUGUCCUCCACCUCGGCCAGCUUUGGCAGUUUCACAGUGCACAGCCCUAUCACCCAGGGGACUCCCUUGACCUGCUCCCCGAACAUCGAGACCCGGGGUUCCAGGUCGCACAGCCCAGCGCAUGCUAGCAAUGUGGGCUCUCCUCUCUCAAGUCCGUUAAGUAGCAUGAAAUCCCCAGUUCCCAGCCCUCCAAGUCACUGCAGCGUGAAAUCGCCCGUCUCCAGUCCGAAUGUCACUUUGCGAUCUGCAGUGUCCAGCCCGGCCAAUAUCAACAACUCAAGGUGCUCCGUCUCCAGCCCUUCCAACACCAAUAACAGAUCCACGCUUUCCAGUCCAACUGCUAGUACCGUGGGGUCCAUCUGCAGCCCCGUGAGCAAUGCCUUCAGCUACACUGCUUCAGGCACUCCUCUGGGAUCCAGUGCGGCCCGGGAUGUGGGUUCCAGUCCAGACGCACAAGAGAAAGGUGCUCACGAGGUCUCCUUUCCCAAGACCGAGGAGGUAGAGAAUGCCGCCUCCAACGGUGUGACUGGCCAGCUUAACAUCGUCCCGUACAUAAAACCAGAGCCAGAUGGAGUUUUUAGCAGCUCGUGUCUAAGAGGAAAUAGCAAGAUAAAUCCCGCUUCCCCAUUCUCAGUACCAAUAAAACAAGAACCAGCCAAGCAUUCGUGUUCAGGCACCUCUUUCAAAGGGAAUCCAACCCUGAACCCAUUUCCAUUCAUGGAUAGCUCCUAUUUUUCCUUUAUGGAUGAUAAAGACUAUUAUUCUCUAUCAGGAAUUUUAGGACCGCCUGUGCCCGGCUUCGAUGGUAGCUGCGAAGGCAGCGGCUUCCCCGUGGGGAUUAAACAGGAGCCAGAUGACGGGAGCUACUACCCAGAGGCCAGCAUCCCGUCCUCGGCCAUUGUUGGGGUGAAUUCAGGUGGACAGUCCUUUCACUACAGGAUUGGUGCUCAAGGUACAAUAUCUUUAUCACGAGCGGCUAGAGACCAAUCUUUCCAACACCUGAGUUCCUUUCCUCCUGUCAAUACCUUAGUGGAGUCGUGGAAAUCCCACAGUGACCUGGCAUCUCGGAGAAGCGAUGGCUAUCCGGUCCUAGAGUACAUUCCAGAAAAUGUAUCCAACUCUACUUUACGAAGUGUUUCUACUGGAUCCUCAAGACCUUCCAAGAUAUGUUUGGUGUGUGGGGAUGAGGCUUCAGGCUGCCACUAUGGGGUAGUAACCUGUGGCAGCUGCAAAGUGUUCUUCAAAAGAGCAGUGGAAGGUAAAUGUUCAUGGCAACAUAACUAUUUAUGUGCCGGAAGAAAUGAUUGCAUCAUUGAUAAGAUUCGACGGAAGAAUUGUCCUGCCUGCAGACUUCAGAAAUGUCUUCAAGCCGGAAUGAAUUUGGGAGCCCGGAAGUCAAAGAAGUUGGGAAAGUUAAAAGGGAUUCACGAGGAGCAGUCCCAGCAGCAGCAGCCCCCGCCCCCACCCCCGCCGCCCCAGAGCCCUGAGGAAGGGACGACCUACAUCGCCCCUGCCAAAGAGCCCUCUGUCAACACGGCACUGGUCCCUCAGCUCUCCACAAUCUCACGCGCACUCACCCCCUCCACUGGGCUGGUCCUAGGAAACAUCGAGCCCGAAAUUGUGUAUGCAGGCUACGACAGCUCCAAACCAGACACCGCCGAGAGCCUGCUCUCCACGCUGAACCGCCUGGCGGGCAAGCAGAUGAUUCAAGUCGUGAAGUGGGCAAAGGUAAUUCCAGGAUUUAAAAACUUGCCUCUUGAGGACCAAAUUACCCUCAUCCAGUAUUCUUGGAUGUGUCUAUCGUCCUUCGCCUUGAGCUGGAGGUCGUACAAACACACGAACAGCCAAUUUCUCUAUUUUGCACCAGACCUGGUCUUUAAUGAAGAGAAGAUGCACCAGUCUGCCAUGUAUGAGCUGUGCCAGGGCAUGCACCAAAUCAGCCUGCAGUUCGUCCGACUGCAGCUCACCUUUGAAGAAUACACCAUCAUGAAAGUGUUGCUGCUGUUAAGCACAGUUCCAAAGGAUGGCCUCAAAAGCCAAGCUGCAUUUGAAGAAAUGAGGACAAAUUACAUCAAAGAGCUGAGGAAGAUGGUAACUAAGUGUCCCAACAAUUCUGGGCAGAGUUGGCAGAGGUUCUAUCAACUGACCAAGCUUCUGGACUCCAUGCAUGAUCUGGUGAGUGACUUGUUGGAAUUUUGCUUCUAUACCUUCCGAGAGUCCCAGGCGCUGAAGGUGGAGUUCCCCGCGAUGCUGGUGGAGAUCAUCAGCGACCAGCUGCCGAAGGUGGAGUCCGGGAACGCCAAGCCGCUUUACUUUCACAGGAAGUGACGGACUCGUCGUAGCAGAAGAACUUUGCCUUAAGUUCCCCUGUGUUGUUCCACACCCACGAAGGACCCGAGAAACCAUAUUUCUAACAGGUGAUGGUUGAGUCACACUCGUUCAGCAGUCUCUGGAGUUUAAGGUCAUGUUAAGGGUUUGGGGCCAGGUUAGAAGUUAGACAUGGAUUUGGCAAGACCCGAACAGUCUAAACUCUAAAGGACUCUCCCCUCUCCAGUCCCCAGCGCUUAGAAACAUGUUCCUCUGGAUGAAAAGCCAUAUCUAGUCAAUAACUCUCUGAUUUUGAUACUUUAACAGAUGGAAGUUUUAACUAUGCCAUGUAGUUUCUGGUAUCAGCCGCUUGUUUUAAAAGGGUUCAAGGACUAAUGAACUUUUUAAAGCUUACCCUUGGUUUGCACAUACAACGUAUAGGCUAUAUGGGGCAUUAAUAUUCUUUUGUUAUUUAAAAAAAAAAAAAAAAAAACCUAUACAGAUUCCCGUUGUGUAAUAACAGAGCACGCGCGUGGGAGAGCGCCCCCCUCUGGCUCGCACUCGCCCACGGUCCUCCGCAUCACCGGCGUUCCUCCCCCUUCGGCGUCCAUUGGUUAAUUAGAAUGGAUAAGAUGUUAAAACAAAUGCCUCGGUUUCAAUUUCUAGUAUCUAUUGUGUUGGCUUUACAGAUAAUUUUUUGCAGUCUUUUGCUGUGCUGUACAUUACUGUAUGUAUAAAUUGUGAAGGACCUGAGUUAUAUAUGGUAUAAGGAACUUUUGUAAAUGAGAAAAAAAGACAUAAAAAAAAACUUCAAUGGUUAAUAGGAAGAAUGGGAAAGUAUUUUUGAAAGAAUUCUAUUUUGCUGGAGACUAUUUAAGUACUAUCUUUGUCUAAACAAGGUAAAAAUUUCUUUUUGUAAAGUGAGAUGCUCUGCAUGCCUAAUGAACCGUUUACAGUGUAUUUAAGAAAGGGAGAGCUGUGCCUUUUUUAGCUUCACAUCUGAUUUACCAUUUUCCAGUCUCUGUUGUAAAUAACCACACUGAAACCUCCUCGGUUGUCUUUAAGCCUUU